AUGUUAUAUUCAGUCAAUUUGACAGAAGGUCAUGCCACACAGGUGAAUGGACAUGGCUCUUCUUCAUCAUCCUCUUCAUCAGAUAACGUUAUUGACUCGAUAAUUCAAUGUAAUCAAGACGCCUUUCGUGAGAUUUUGAAUUCAAUGAACCCAGAGAUGGUAGAGCAAGUUUUUAAACCGCAUAAGAAGCGGUACAUUCAUCGUGAUCGAGAGGGAAGCCACCGUCAACUAAUGAAAGAUUACUUUGACGAGAAUUGCACAUAUCUACCGGAGUACUUUCACAGACGAUUCAGGAUGCGACGAGAAUUAUUUCUUUGUAUCCUAAAUGAUGUUAAAGCUUAUGACGACUACUUUAUCCAAAAAAGGGAUGCAACAGGUCGUUUGGGGUUGUCUUCUAUACAAAAGAUGACAACUACAAUACGUAUACUCACAUAUGGUUGUGCAGCCGAUCAUUGUGACGAGUAUAUUAAAAUCGGUGAGAGCACUCCCAUUGAAACCCUGAUGACAUUUUGUAAGGCUGUUAUUGGUAUGUAUAGGGAAGAGUACAUGCGUCCACCCAACGAAGCCGACAUAACACGAUUACUUCAAGAAAGGGAGGAGAGAGGAUUCCCAAGUAUGCUUGGUUCUAUUGACUGUAUGCACUGGGAGUGGAAGAAUUGUCUGGUGGCGUGGCAUGGCACGCACAAAUGA